AUGGCGUCGCCGAGAAGUGGUACUCCUUCUCGUGAAGCACAGAGGACGCAGGAAUGGUCCUCCUGUACAACGAACAGUGUCCACUUCACCACCGUGACAGCGUACCUCUCCCCCCAGCACCUCAACAAUAAACCCUCGCUACCUGCAAACCCCUUACCUUCAUCGCCUCCCAGCUCCCAGAAGCAACGGUCCCCCGACGCGUGGAAUAUCACAGUCAACAACUGGUGCAGCGGAAACGACUCCUCCGCCAUGGAGGCCGUCAUCACACCGCACCGGUUCCGCAACAGCCGGCUCGCGCCGUGGAAGGACCUGGAUGCCGUGAAUCUGGGUCAACACAAGCGGCACGGCGGACUACGGGACCACGUUGCGGAACCCUUCAGCAGCAUCAUCAUCAUCCGCCGCGGAGCACUUGAGGCAGCGUCGCUCGGGAUCUCUUUUUCACCUAGGCGCCAUCACCAACGCUACGGCACUGUUGGUGAAUGUCGAGGAGGUAAUCAUCGACAUCAAUGA